UCUACAUCUUAUGGAUUCUUACCUAACCUUUGGUGCAUAUAAAACUGCAGCUGCAUGUUUUGAAACAAUACACAAUAUCUGAACAGAAAACGAAGAGGAAAUAUGUUGAGAAUUGUUGCCCUCGUAACUGCGGUGUUGCUGAUUGCCUCUAUAGCUCAAGCUCACCAACUGCCUGAGCAGCCAAAGCUAGGAGCUGGCAUAGAUGUAAAGUGUGUUGAAGAGCACUGCCCUUCACUCUCUGUCAACUGUGUACUGGAUGUGGGAUGCAGGAAAACUCUAGAAUGCGUCGAACAGUGUGCCCUCAAUUGGGACAAGGACCCUUCACCUCAGAAAUUUGCCGCUCAAAACUGCACCAACAAGUGUCAAUUCACAUAUGGACGAGGAAAAGUAUUUCAAGACUUCUUAUUUUGCCUCGCGAGCAACAUGUGCAUUACACUCCCUCCCAUUCCUUCAACCUGCAAAGCAUCAAGCGUCAAACCUAUCAAGCCGCUGUCGAUGAAAGACUUUAGCGGGAAAUGGUGGGUGCAGCGCGGCUAUCAGAAGCUGUACGAUUGCUAUCCUUGCCAAAAUUUUGAUUUUACACUGAAUGGAACAGCUUGGCUAUUCACUCCUCUAUACGAGGUAUACCUUGUCAACAAUAGUCGUUACCUCGUGACCGACCAACAAUUUGUGAUGCCCGAUACAGCGCCAGGAGAAAAGAUUUCUUUCACCUAUCGUGCCCAGGGGCUCGACCAAUCUGAAACGUGGUGGCCAUUGGACAAAGCUGCUGAUGGUUCAUGGAUCAUAAUGUACUACUGUGGGACCACUGCACAGUGGAACUCUGAGGGUGCCCUGGUAAUGUCCAGAAGUAGGACCUUGGAUCCAUCUGCUUACCAGCAAAUCGGAGCAAGUUACAAGCAAGCUGUCGGACUAGACAUCAACGAUUUCUGCUUGACGGAUACUUCAAGCGAUUGCAUGGAUACCUAAACAGACAGCUAUGGGACUGUAUGUAAAUAUUGUGACUUGAGUAAAAACAAUUUUUGUAUAAUUAUAGCUAGCUAUAUUUCAUUCUGAAAUUGUGAUCCCUCCCUAUAAUUAAUUGUUUGAAGAGACUCUUUAACGUAUCUAUAAUUUGCAAUCUGUUAACAAAUCAAUUGCUAGAUAUCGCUAUAGAGGUGGUUCAGUUGCUGUAUUUAUAGUAUGCCUGGCAUAGAUCUUGAUCUCACAGCUCGGUCAUACGGCCUAUAACUUUCUAUCUAUAAUUAUAUAAGUAUACUGCUUCACAGUCGAUCAGUGGUCCACUAAUUAAUCUCGACACCUUAACUACCCAAAGGCUCUUCCCUAUGUACACAAAAGGAUCAGCCUGCCCAAUAGAUUCAUUUAACCUUUAAAAAAUGUGGUAGGGUAUACAAGGGGUACUAUAAGACCUGUACUCCCCUGUAUUGCAUCAAGAGCCUUUGAUUGGUGAUCGAGCUAAAUAGCCUGUUCACUAACUACUAUGGUCAAUUGGCUUUGCAUGUAAGCAAAAAAAUACUAGUUACAGUGUUUUGUUUGCAGCUAAUGCUAGCUCUUUAGUGUUUAAAGUGGUUUGGGCAUUAUGAGACAGCUAGGGGUAUUGUAUUACGAGACACCAUUGCAAUUAACGCUGCAUGAUUGUGCUAUUACUAUAAUUAAAUGCCGAAAGAAUGGCUGAAGCACUCCUGUUUUAAAUAGCUGUUUCAUAAUUGGUUCCGUCUCACAAUACCCUCUUCUAUACCCUAAACCUCAGGCAUCUUAAGAUACUAACUUAAAAAAAAGUGGGUAGUACAUAUCUCUGAAUGUAAUUAUAAUAUAAGACCUUUGAAAGAGAAGGGGUGCAGGGUGCCAGCUAUACCAUGCAUAUUACAUGUUUUCACCAUUUACCCUAAACUUGCAUGUCAUGUUCUGCACUGUUUCCAUUACAUAAGAAGACAUAAGGAGCAUGUUUUGCAUGGUUUUCAUUACAUAAGACACUAUUCAAGGAGUAAGCGGUUGGUAGAUUCAUAGAUUAAUGACAUUCUUUAACCGUAUAAACAUCCUCCGCACGAAAGUAAGCAUGACUAAGAUGUUGGACUUGCAGUACCAACUGGAGGUGUCUCAAGAACAGGCACAAAAGAGAUGAAGGACGCAGAGUUCACUCAAGGCACAGCUGUCCUUUGUUAAUGCACUUGGACACGGGAGCAUGCAGCUGUGAACCGAGAGGAAGGCAUGGCUUCUCUAAGUGGACGCACAGACUCAGACAGUGGUCCAGUAUCUCCUUUUAUGAGGACACCUUCACUGGACCCAACGGCCCUUGCCUAUUACACAUGGAAAAGAAAAAAUCAUCAAGCCAACCCUGCAUGUCCUCGCCGGAUGACUUCUAUGAGGUGGGUGCUGUGAGUGUGUCCAGAGAGAGCCCCGCCCUCAUGGCACGUCACCUGCAGCGACGUCACCAACUCAUGGUAGCAGAGACUCCUUCCCAAAGCAGCACCCCUGCAGAGCCUCAGCUGGCUGAUCAGGAGGUCUCAAAACUCAGCAAUCAGCACAUUGUACCUUCUCCCGAUCCCCCCUCCCCUCUCCCGGAGCUGUCUGACCUCCCCUCUCGACUGGAGGACCUAUACAAGAGGACCACAGAGACAGUGAGGGACUCAGGAGCAGACUAUAGUGACUGGAGGAGUAUGAGAGUCAGCUGUGAGACACUGAAGAGAACAAUGAAAAGAUGCUCAAUGACUCACAGAACCUUCUCAACUCUUCAGUCAUUUUUUAUGCAGAUUUUGUAGUUACUACAAGAUUCCGAAAAACGUACCUGAGACUGAAACACUAUACACUGAUGGAAUGCUCAGUAAUAAAUUAUUAUAGAUAGCUGUUUGAGAUACACUUGUAUAUUAUCCCUCCACAAGUGCAGGUUAAUUUUAUUAGUUCAUGUAUAUAGUGGCAGGCAUGCACAUGAUAGCCUUUUACAUCUCUAGCAUAUAUAUAUUUUCUCAUCUGAAAUUAGAUUUCUACUGUAACACUUGUUAUAUUGAAACUUUGUUACAAGGUCAUUAGCUAUGCAAUGCAUGCCAAUCACAUGCAUGCACAAUAUCUACUGGCCAUCUUACUGUGUACACUCUGGUGGUAUACUGGUACACUGUGGUGCAUAUUUAGCAUGCAUGCCUCAUGAGGGUGCACUUUAAAAACAGAAAAGAAGUGAGAAUGUUGAGACCAAUUGUUGCCCUCAUAACUGCAUUGUUGCUGAUUGCCUCCACAGCUCAUGCUCACCAACUGCCUGAGCAGCUGAAGCUAGGAGGUGGUCCUGCUCUAAAUUUUAGCUGUGUUGAAAAGCACUGUGUUAGUCUCUCUGUCAAGUGUAUACUGGAUAAAGGAUGCAGGGAGGCUAUAGAAUGCGCUUCCAAGUGUUUCCAGGAUUGGGACAAAGACACUUCAUCGCAGAAGUUUGUCGUUCAAAACUGCACUAGCAAAUGUGUUUUCACAUAUGGAGAAGAGCAGACGUAUCAAGACUACAUGGGUUGCCUCACCGACAACAAGUGCAUGUCAUUCCCUGUCAUUCCUCGAACCUGCAAAGCACCGAACGUUAAACCCGUCAAGCAGCUGUCGACAAAAGACUUUGGCGGGAAAUGGUGGGUGCAGCGUGGUUAUCACAAGGUGUACGAUUGCUACCCUUGUCAGACUACUGAGUUUAAACAGAUCAACGAAACCGCUUGGCUGUACACUCCUCAAUACGAGACUUACCUUGUCAACAACAGUCUUCACCUCGUGACUAACCAACAAUUUGUGAUGCCCAACACAGCGCCAGGAGAGAAUAUUUCCUUCGCCUAUCAUGAUGUAGGGCUCGAUCAUUCUGAGACGUGGUGGCCAUUGGACAAAGCUGCUGAUGGAUCAUGGAUCAUAAUGUACUACUGCGGGAACACUGCACAGUGGAACUAUGAGGGUUCCCUGGUAAUGUCCAAAAGUAGGAUCCUGGAUCCGUCUGCUUACAAGCAAAUCGGAGCAAGUUACAAGCAAGCUGUCGGACUGGACAUCAACGAUUUCUGCUUUACGGAUACUUCAAGCGAUUGCAUGAAUACCUAAAGAGAUAUAGGGAAAGUGAAGUCAUGUGUAUAUUAUGUCUUUGUGAAAUUAAUUGUUUGAUGAGGGACUGAUAGCUAAUUUUAUCAUGA